GCGGCGCGCUCCCUGCACCGACGGCGCUCGGCUUUUACGUAAGGAGGGAGUGGUGAGUCUUUUCAAGAUGGCGACGACCAUAGAGAGCGCUGCCGCUGCAGUAGGGAAUAAGAAGAAACAUCUCGGCAUUCCCGAGGCUGUGUUUGUGGAGGAUGUAGACUCCUUCAUGAAGCAGCCGGGCAAUGAGACGGCUGACGUCGUGCUGAGGAGGCUGGACGAACAGUACCAGAAAUACAAGUAUAUGGAGCUCAACCUGGCUCAGAAAAAGCUGAGGCUGAAAAACCAGAUCCCGCAAAUCAAGCAGACGUUGGAGAUCCUGAGGCACAUGCAGAAGAAGAAGGACAGCACAGACCCUAUGGAGACCCGCUUCAUGUUGGCGGAUAAUGUGUACUGCAAGGCGUCCGUGCCCCCCACAGAAAAAGUGUGCCUGUGGUUGGGGGCGAACGUGAUGCUUGAGUAUGACAUCGAUGACGCACAGUCCCUACUGGAGAAGAACCUGGCCACCGCAUCCCGAAACUUGGACUCUCUAGAGGAAGACCUUGAUUUCCUUAGGGACCAGUUUACCACUACAGAAGUCAAUAUGGCACGUGUCUACAACUGGGACGUCAAGAGGAGGAGUCAGGCCAAUUCCUCAAAAACGGCCGAUAUGUCUUAAACGAGACCCUGUGUGCCCCCCUCCGGCCCCUCAUACCUACAUAAGAGAUUUUCCUGGCAGUUACCCAGUAGUACUUUCACUUGGUUUUCAACUUUAUUUUUUAAAGUAUUAUUUUCAAGUAAAAAAGAAAAUCAACAUAAAGUGAUUGUUUUUAUUUUAAUCUGUUUUUGACUGCAGAUUACACUGGGUGAGUUUCCAGUUUUUGGGUUAUUUAUAUUUUUUUUAUUAAAUAUUUAAGUGUUUAUGCUGCAGGUCUUUUCUACAGCCCAACUCGGUGGAACAGGAUGUAGUUUGCAGACAUUUGGGUGGUGCACCUGCGGGGCUUCAUAGUCUUCUACAGUGGGUCAGACGGUGGCUGCAGAGGAUCAAACUUCUCAAGAACCAAUCCCUUUGACUACACCCUCGCCAUUUUGUUUUGCCGGUUUCUUGUGCUUUUCCGUCGGUCCAUUCAUUUCUCCAACCUCUGUUAAGUUGAACCACAUUAAACACAGCAAGACAAACACUGAAUAA